AUGACUACGGCCACUCGCAGGUCGGGACUCCAACAAUCUGUAAUAAAUUUAUACCGCGACUGUUGCCGUGCAGUUCAUAAAAAACCACCGGAAACAAGAGCACGUUUUCAGGCCUUCGUCCGUGCUCAAUUCCGACGCCCUGAUAUCACAUCAAAAGAUCACGCAGCUAUAGAGUAUUUAUUACGAAGAGGAAAAAAACAAUUGGAAGCUUAUUCAGGCGAAAAUGAAAAAGGAUUACCGGAACCAGGACCAACUCUGCCUCAACCUCAAGAAAACGAAUCAAGCUCAAGUGAUGCUCAUAACAUAUUGCUACUUGAAAGUUUGGCAGAAGGGAUUUCAGACCAUUUGUUAAACGGACAUUCUCCUGAUAGAGAAUUGUUAGCUUCGUAUAUAAGAUCACUCUUAGAAAAUGCUGAUGCAAGUACACAAGGUGCACCGCCUGCUUCUCAUUCAUUUAUGCGAAAUUUACCGGUGGUGCCUAAAUCCGAGAUUCAAUCAGAGAGUGAUGAUCCUGAGUGGAUAAACAAGAAGAAACAAGAGAUGCGGAUUGCUGCCGCUGCUAUUCAAGAUGACGAAGAGGAAGAUGCUGAUUGGAUGUAUAUAUAA